AUGUCCGACGCCGAUCUGCCCGAACAGAGAGUCGCGGCACACGUCGCCACCGAGAAAAUCGAGGAGGAACCCGAGAUGCUUCUCCGGUUUUCCUCCUUGCACCGGCUCCUCCGAGUCACGAGUUGGUGCUUGCGUUGGCGUCGCACCGCUUCCCGCACUACCGCACUUACACUGCAAUCGACCGAAAUCAAUGACGCACUGCUGCUCUGGCUCCGCGUGGUGCAAGGACUGCACUUCACCACCGAGAUCACGGCACUCUCUUCAAACCGCACUGUGUCCCAUCGCAGUUCGUUAGCGAGCCUGAGUCCAUUCCUGGAUGACCACGGCGUGCUGAGAGUCGGAGGCCGCCUCAAGCAUGCCCUGCUCUCCACCGAUGAGCGACAUCCGAUGAUCGCACCGCCGUCCUCGUGGCUCACUCGGUUGCUCAUCGAGUCGUGCCACCAUCGAACACUGCACGGAGGAGUGCAGCUCACUCUCGGCUUACUCCGCCGUCGCUUCUGGAUUCCUCGUGGCCGCUCAGUUGUCAAACAGCGGCUGCACCGCUGCAUCACUUGCACCCGCUGGCGAGCCACGACACCGCAACCGCCGAUGGGCGACCUUCCGAGAGGCCGAGUCACGCCAGCGCGUCCUUUUCUCCGGACCGGCCUGGACUAUGCCGGCCCGAUCCUCCUCCGCACGAGCAAGGGCCGCGGACAUCGAGCGUACAAGGGCUUCAUCGCCGUAUUUGUGUGCCUCUGCACCAAAGCGGUGCAUCUGGACGUCGUGUCAGAUUACACGACGGACGCCUUUCUCGCAGCUUUCCGUCGCUUUAUCUCCCGUCGAGGCCUCUGCGAGGAGAUGUACUCAGAUUGCGGCACUAAUUUCGUGGGAGCCGAUUGA